AUGUCCGCGGCGGAGGUUGACCUCGACCAGCUCUCGGCGAACGAGAGAUCGGCGCUGGAGCAAUAUACAAGUGUGACAGGACAAGCUCCCGCAGAAGCCGUCCCUCUUCUGCGUCGGUCGCAAUGGAAUGUUCAGAUUGCCAUAUCAAAGCUAUUCGAUGGCGAAGGUCCCGAUCCGGUCGAGGAAGCUCGAGCAGCCAUGCCUCAGUCCCUCCCUGAGCGACAUUAUCAGACACCCCCAGUCAACUUGAUGAACGAGGAUUUACUCCGACAAGCACGGCCAGCCGAUCGUACCUCGGAGCCCGCCCCGCGAAUCGACACGCUACCCGAAAACCAACCUGUACACCGCCCACCUUUCCUCCUCGCUCUCCUUUUCACCCCCUUCAACCUCAUCUACCGACUCCUCUUCAGCUCCUUCCGUCUCUUCGGGACACUGUUUCCCUUCCUUCCACGGCUCUUUCACGCGACCGCCAGCCCAGCUCUCCACGGUACACGACAAAACACGACGGGCCGUCGACCCCUAGCACCCAAAGAUACCGCCGCUCGGUUUAUUCGCGAGUUCGAGGAGGAGUAUGGAUCGAAUCCGUUCCCUUUCCUCGAAAAUGGGUACAACAUGGCGAUGGAGAAGGCGCACCGCGAUCUGAACUUCUUAUUGGUGGUUUUGUUCUCGCCCGAGCAUGACGACAUGAGUAGCUGGGUACGGGAGACUCUACUAUCACCGGAUGUGGUGGACUACAUUAACCCACCCGGUGAGAGUGGCAACGUGAUUGUUUGGGGCGGUAAUGUCCGGGAUUCGGAAGCCUACCAAGUCGCCAACUCACUCCGAGUCACCAAGUUCCCUUUUGCGGCGGUGAUAUGCCAUACCCCGAGCGUAUCCUCGACCGCCAUGUCUGUGGUCGCACGAAUUGCAGGACCUAUUUCGGCGUCUGAUUUCAAACAGCGGCUGAUGACCGCCGUGACUUCGAACCAGGGGCCACUCUCGCAGAUCCGCCAGGACCGCAGCCAGCAGCAAGCCUCUCGCAGUCUGCGCGAAGAGCAGGACUCAGCCUAUGAACGGUCGCUCGCGAUUGACCGGGAACGAGCCCGACUCCGCCGGGAAGCAGAGGCCGCCCGACAGCGAGAGGAGCAGGAGGCAGCAGAGCGCCAAGCUGCAGAAGAGAAGAGGCGGCGGGAUCUGGCGCAGUGGAAACUCUGGCGAGCACAGUCCCUUGGAGCCGAGCCUGGGACCGAAGUGAAAGAUCCUGUUCGCAUCAGUGUGCGAUUGCCCUCAGGCGAACGGAUCAUGCGCCGAUUCGUACCCGAUGCCGACAUGGAGGAACUUUAUGCGGUGGUGGAGUGCUACGAAGUUCUACAGGAUGAAUCCCGACCCACCAAGGUCGCUAAGCCUGAAGGAUAUGUGCACCAGUACCGAUUUCGACUGGUGUCGCCUAUGCCGAGGGCCGUCUACGCAGUAGAAGACGGCGGGACGAUCCGUGAGAAGAUCGGCCGGGGUGGCAAUCUGUUGGUGGAGCCAAUUGAGGAUGAAGAAGAUGAGGACAGUGCAGAGGUGACUGGCGACUCCAAUUGA